GCAAGCAACAACUUGUAGAGAAGGGCGUGGCCACAACUUGUGAGAUCUAAAAUGGAAUCAAAACCUUUCGUCUCUGUUACGUUCUUGACCGUUACCCUUUUUCUCGGUGGAGCAAUUCGAUCAGGGAUCUGCAGAUCAGAAGAGAGACGCAUGGAGCACGUGAUAGUAGGAGGCGUUCAUGAUCUCCCAGGAAACCAGAACAGUGGAGAGAUCGAGAGUCUCGCUCGAUUCGCUAUUCAAGAACAUAACAACAAAGAGAACAAGGUUCUUGAGUUCAAGAAGAUUGUAAAGGCAAGACAACAAGUAGUUGCUGGAAUGAUGUACUACCUAACUCUAGAAGCCAACGAAGGUGGCCAGGCUAAGAACUUCGAAGCCAAAGUUUGGGUGAAGCCAUGGAUGAACUUCAAGCAGUUACGGGAGUUUAAAGAAUCAUCCUCUUGAACAUUUCACUUGUUCAAAGGGUAAUAAUCUAAAUGUUUGUGCUAAAUUAUAUGAAAUAAAUAAGUCUGAUAUAGCUUGGUUUCAGACCAGUGUGUAAGAACCUGAAGUUAAUGUAAUCAAGGAACUUGUUAUAUAUGGUUUCUUGUAAUUUGUUUUUUUGUUAACUAUAAUGAGUUUAGGCUUUA